GCAGACGGGAAAGGCGGAAAGGAGACUCGCGGAGUACGCCAGAGUACGCGUCCGUCACGCACCGAGUGUUCGCUUCGGCUGGCCGGAACGAGCGCGCCGUUUCCCAGGGAGAAAAUGAGAGCGACGUCCUCGUGCACGUGAAACUGGAAUAGGAGGGGGCUCGCCGGCGCAACGCUUGAGAGGGCAGGAAAUGUACGGCGCUGAGAGGGAGGAGGUGUCUGAAAGUUGGCUGCACACAUAUGACCUGAGCAGCACUAUGAUUCCCAAUGCGAGUACGGCGAUGGACGACGAGGAACACUUCUGCAAGCUCAUUCUGUACAAGGAGAUUAAGGAUUCCAGAGUGCGAAUAUGGGACGUCAUCAUCCUGGUGCCGAAUCUCUUGUUUCUCCUGUUCAUCGCGAUGCGAUUCAAUAGAGCGAGGCUUAAGCUACGUGCAACGAGUAGCCCGAUAUUUUUAGCGUUCUACGGUCUGGUCAUUUGUAAUGUAGUUAUAUCGGUGGUGCGUUGCGUUGUGUCGAUGACGGUGAACGCAGCGGCAUCGGUCGGUGGCAAGGCUGACAAAGUCCUGUGGGUCACAGUGAGAUUUUUUCUAUUAUCAACGGAGAUGAGCGUAGUCAUAUUUGGUCUAGCAUUCGGUCAUUUGGAUAGCCGCUCCAGUAUUCGUAGAGUUUUACUCGCUACGUCUUUCAUAGCACUGGCAUUCACAAUCACGCAAGGAACUCUGGAGCUGGUCCUGCCGGAUGACACAUUUCAUAUUCCUAGUCGCGACUUUUAUGUAUUUGGUCACGGCGGCAUGAUGUUCUGGUUUUGCAGCAGCCUCGUUUUCACAACGAUAUAUCUCUUCAUAUUAAUACUGCCAUGGACACGGUUGCGGGACCGCCUAGCACUUCCUACACGGAAAAGCUUUUACGUUUACGCCGGAAUACUAGCGACAUUGGACCUAGUGCAGUCGAUUGGUGCUGGCUUUCUAAACUACACGCAAAAUCCAGUGGGAUUGUGCAUCGUAGACUUCACCGCAGCAGUGUAUUUAACUCUUUUUACCCCCUUGGUUUAUCAUACAUUCCUGUCGGAAUUCUUCGGGGUCUCGCAACCCUCGAUAAUGUUCUCCUACAAGGCGCAAGUGGAUGACGCGAUGGACGAAGACACUGUGUCGUUACCGCACCAACAGAGUUUUUCAUCCUUGAAAACCGACAGCGAUUACAUCUAUCAGGUCCAUACUCCUUCUAUUCACAUACCGUUGUAUGAUUCCCAAGCAUCAAAGUCCACCAGACCGACAGCUUCUCUUUAUUCUUUAACAUCCGCUAAAGACCCUAAAAAUGACUCAAGCACUUUUGAUUCGCCAGUUAAGUCGUACUGCUCAACAUCCGGUAUUAGAAGUUUCGGUAGAGAUCCCAAUGCGGAAAAAGGCAUCAUGGAAGUGGCCAAUCCCCUAACCAAGUCCACCGUCAUUCAAAAGAGCGUGCCAGACCUAAGACUCUCCAGUCCGAUCCGAAAAACUGUUGUUCCCAUUACGUACGGCGGUCCUAGUAGCGUCUCAAAUUUAUUUCUCUCGGCCGACACCGCCAGUAACUUCUUUUACAAGCCGAGCGCAAUCGAUAGUAACGUUAACCUAUUCUCUCAAACGAGGAAAAGUAGCUUAGAGAGUAUAACGCAUAAAAUGAUCGUAGAUCACACGGUUGCGAUUGAAAACGUUUCGCGCGAAUAUGAUAGUUCCUCGGAGAUAUCUCAAGCACCAGCGUUAGAGAACACCUUGCAGUCCAUUCUGGAGAGUGGGACGCGCCAAGUUGGAACGGAGGAACCCCGAGAAUCUCAAUCACAAACGACUGAUACAGACAGUUCAGUCGAAGACGGUGCCGCUGGCGCGGAUCCGAGCUGUUUAACGACGCGUGUCGGUACUGAGACUUUUAAAACUUGCUCGGACGAUUUAUCCGACAAUGUUAAGCAACAAUUGCUUCCUAGGGCGACUUCCCUUAUAACCGGCGCGCACAGAAAGAGCAAGAACGAUUCGACGGAAGGAGAGUCGGGUGGUUUAAGUGAUUAUUUACUGUCCAUAACAUCCCCGAAAUUUGUGAAACACAAAAGAAGCGAGGCACAUCCCAGUCCUUCCCUGGAUUCAGAUCUCUACACACAAACUGAAUCUCUAAUCACAGUGUUUAUGACUCGACCCAGUUCGACACGAACGCUACGCCAAUCAACCCGCUCUACGCGGCGUCUCUUCAAAGCCCAGAUAGUAUUACCGGUUACAGUAUAGACAGUCAAGAAACGCCGAAUCCGCCGAAUGGUUACCAGCAAUGAACCGUCAAUCAUGUAUAUCGAUUCGGGAUACACUAUAAAAACCAUGGAACGAGCUUGGUUAUUUAGUUACUCGAUGAUCAAAUUGCAAUUUCGCUAAGAGCUUCGUGAGAGUCUCUCUAAAUGAGGGAUUUGUUAUUUUCCAAAAACAGCAUGUCGUGUUGAGAAGAAGAGGUCGGGAUCGAAGUGAGGUAGCGUGCGAUUGUUGUAAGAGUCAACGAGAGGAUUCUAGUCGCCCUUGAAUAUUUUUUAGGGCCGCGUUAAUACGAUUGCAGAUAAAAAUAUGGAACGCUUUCGGUCUCCAUGUGAUAGCUGGCGUCGGUGCCGAAAUUGUGAUCGUGAAACACUGGAAGAAAUCUCGCAGAGAGCUCGGAAUCUCCAGUUUUCUUUUUAACUUUAGUUCGCUUUGCUUAGGGCUUCAAAUUGUUGAAGGAUGAUUAGGUAUAGCGUAUUAGUUCAAGUUAGUUUUGUACUUAGGCUUUGGAAGCGUCGAGUGAAUUUUUAAUGCAUGUGAAAAUAGAAUAUUCUUUUCGGCAGCGUUGCGCAUUGCGUUUCGACGUACAAGACCGUAGGUCAUUCUAGGAUUCGCAUACUUUCCCCUGUCCCCGUCUCCCCCCGAUCGCAGAUUCAUUUAUCACCUAUCUAUUUCUACAUAUUUUUAUCAAUAAUAUCAGUAAAAAAAUAGUAAUUAAAGACAAAUUCGUAAAUGCCUUUGACAAACGCAGCUAAUAGAAUGCGACUUUUAGAAUGCCCUAUACGCACGAUCAUCGUCGCAACCCAACAAACGAAAAUAAAUUCAAAUGAAUUGGAAAUUGCAAUUUAUUUUAAUUUAUCCGAGUUCGCGCUUUAAAAUCUCAGAGUAUUUUCGAAUUCAAAUGGAUUGAAAUACAAAAUGUGCUAUUCAUCAGUUUGAAUUAAAUUCGGAUGAAUUUAUAUUCCAUUAUAUUAUUGUUUUUUAUUCAAAUGAAUUGAAAUAUGAAAUGAAUUAUUCAUCAUUUUAAAAUUCGAAUGGAUUUAUUUUUGGUUUUAAAUAGAUUUAAAAAAUGUAAAGCGCGAAUUUGAAAACGUCAAAAUGAAUUUCAAUCCACUUCAAUUCAUUUUUGUUUCGAGGAGACACCAUUCCUGUCAACAAAUUUUGUAUUGAGAACUGCAGAACAGUGUUGGUAUACCGGCCGUGUGGAUUUCUAGUGAGACGAACACUUAGAUUUAACUUCUGAAAAAAGAAACUUGUUUAUCGUUUCUCCGUCCUUUUCAUCAAAGUUGGACGUCGUCGUAUCGCCCGAAAGUCCUCGUUUAUGCGCGCGGAGCGACGCGCAAACGACAAGCCGGACACUCGCUAUUUUCUUACUUUUGCAUCGAAAAUCAUUAGAUCGAUUAAGGGACAAUAGAGGAGUCAUUAAAGUUAAACGUCGCGCGCGGAGGUAAUUUUUAGACUUAAGAGAAACUCUUCAAAUGCUCCAAUAAUUACGAAGACUCCAUCCAUGAUGUAUAUACAUGAUCUGUAAUUCUAGUGUAAAGGAUCGUACUAUUUAUAUAUCUUAAUAUAUAUUAUAUAUUUAUCAAUAUAUUACGUAUCUCCGUAUCGUAAUUAAAUUCGUACAACUGGCGGGUCUUAGGAUACAAUUCCUCCUGCAUUGCCCGCGUUUUUCACUUGGACAUUCAUCUCGCGGAGGGAAAAAGGGAGGAGAUAAACGACGGAAAAAGGAAUACGAAGCUAUCAUCAUAAAAGCGUCUGAUAUCAUCAUUCUCGAAGACGCAUCUCACUGAGGUUGUAACGUAGAUUUUUUCCUAGCUUCCCCGCGAAUUAGAGGAGGGAGGAAAUCCUGGGGGCGAGAAAAAUUAAUAGUGAUACAACGUAACUUAUUUUCUAGCGUAAACUCGUUCGAAGUUGUAUAUACGGAACCGGUGUGUGCGUGGAACGGUAUUACACGAUGAGUCUCUCUGUCAAUUGCAAAUUGCUUUUUACCAUUCGACUAUCCGUCACCCUGCACUAUCCUACACGAACGUUACCUGCGAUCGUCUGACCGUGUGAUUCUUUUGUAAGCAUCGAGUGCAGUGUAUAAGGCAAUAUAUUGUGACUGCGUUGUAUAGCUAUACCUAAUUUUAAAAAAAGUGAAAUAAACAUGAAUAACGAUUCAACGAUUUAA